GUGAGUGACGUCACAUGUGCCACUGCGAACGUGGGCUCUGGUUGUUGUCAGCCGUGGUUAUGGAGAUGAGAUGGGAGUGCAAGCUGUCAACAUUAGGGUGAUGUUUGUGUGUUCAUCUUAGGGAUGCCUAGAAAGAUUGGAUUUGUUGUGGUCAACUCUUCAAGUCAAGAGGAUAACUUCACUGCCAAGGAGCUCAUGGUCCAUGCGCCCACUGUCAAUGGCUGGAGAUCCAGCAGACAGUGCACUUACCCUCAACACAUCACCCUCCAGCUGGUGGAAAGAUGUAGGGUGAGGAAGCUGCAGCUUUUGGCUCACCAGUAUCUUAUCCCAGCCAAGGUGGAGUUCCACAUUGGUGACACUCUUCCAGAAACAAGCACCCCAGUAUUCUCAGGGCAGCUACGCAGACUCGGGUAUGUGCCUUUGUCAGACAAUGAGAAGACGGGCUUCAAAGCUCGAGAGCUGAAGUCCAUUCAUGUCGAUGCAGUUGGAACGUACUUGAAAAUAACCUUUCAUAGGAACUAUAUCAACCGCUACAAUCACUACAAUCAGGUUGCUUUGGUUGCUGUUAAUGUUCUAGGAGACCCUGUGGAUGCCAACGCCUUUCACACAAUCCCAAGCAGAGUCCAGCUGAUUGAACACUACCUCAACAGUACCCAGCUUGAAGCCGCCUUGAACACGACCCUCAUGGGUAAAUGUGAGUCUAUCUCCCCCUUGGAUGACCUGGCGUUUGACAUGUACCAAGACCCGGAAGUCGCUCACAUCAUCCGUCUUCUGGACCAAAAGAAGCAGGACAUGGUCCAGCAAGAGAAAUAUGAGCAGGCCAAGAACCUGAAACAAGCCAUCGCUGACCUACAGAAGGUGGGUGAACGUUUGGCUCGUUACGAUGUGGAGAAGCGCGGUGCCAUCGAAAAAGAAGACUAUGACUUAGCUAGAAAGAAGAAGGAGCUGAUGAAGGAGUACAGAAAAUCUGUCUAUGAACAGCUAGAGGUCUACAACCUUCUGGACAUGACUAUGGUCACUCAGCAGCCACUAGUGAUCACAAGGGCAACAGAUUCAUCCUCAGACCCGGCACCGUCCUCCAGUCUGACAUCUCCAGGUCAUCGUUCAGCCUCGACUAAGCCUCUUGUGUCCACAGAAACGUUUAGAAAAGAGAGGAAACCUGACGUUAGCCAGAAUCAACAGUCGGACACGGAAGCUGUUGUGCUAGCAGUUACCAGCCAGUCUGACAAACCGUGCAGUUCUCUUCCUGUAUCCAAGAAAGAUGUAAUUGCCACACAUCACAGCCUCCUUCCACACCAUGAGGUCACGCCUGUUCCGUAUGAUGAGAGGCCACUUCCAGCCCUUCAGAAGAAUGAACGACCGGUGGAGGCUGCCCAUGUCCCCGCAGAGCAGGAGUCUCCUCAACCUAAUGCUAGCAAGGGUCAACUCAGCCCUGAGAACAGUGGAGGGCUAGAGCCCCUGACAGAGAACGCACAGAGAGAGGCUGGCUUGCCCAUAGAGGUUUAUGGGGAAAGUUUGGUGGCUGGAGCAUACUCCAAAUCCUGGUCCCAUAGAGAAGAUGCUCUGCUGGCUGUGUACAAGAGACUUUUGGAGGUACCACCCUCCACCCACAAAGAGGAGCUGAGAAACUUGAUAAGAGCUGCUGUACUCCUGCUUAAGAAGGGCCUCCUGGAUAAAGUAUCUGCAGUUUUCCAGAUGUCUCUGAAACUCCUGGGACUUCUUCUGAGCCAGCUGAUCCCUGGUUCGGGGUUGGGACGGGGCGAGAUGAGCCACUGCUUGGAGCAGACCUGGUCCAACCUGCUGGCUAGGACCGGAGACUCAGCCGGCCGCAUCCGCACCGCAGCCACUGCAUUCAUACAGGAAAUUGCUUCCCUGAAGGAGGUCCGGGCCCUACAGGUGAUCUCUGGUGAACUGGUGAAGCCCUUCAAAUCCAACUUCCCCUCUCGUUCGGCUCAGAGUCGGGCCGAGCUGCUGGAGAAGCUACUUGCUGAACUCGGUACAGACAACUCAGGCUUCACGUUGGACAAUGUGAUGACGUUCUGCGCGGCAGCGCUGGAGCACAGCGCACCGACAGUUCGGGAGCUGACGGUGCGCAUCAUCUUAUCCAUGUACCAGCAACACAGAGCCGCCGUCCUCAGCUACCUCCCAUCCACCGAUGCUGCCUCCAGGAAGAACUUUCUCUACAAAACCCUUUUUGAAGGCUUUGCCAAGAUUGACGGGAAGCCGGUGCAUACUCAGACUCUAAGGAAGGGCGGUGGACAGCAGGAGACCCAGAAGGAGAAGGAGAUUCACUCUCUACAGGAGCAACUGGCUGCCUUAAAAGAAAUCACAGAGACAGUUCCUGAAGGGAGCAAAGGACAAACGGCCAAAAGGGGAAUUCCCAAAGCAGAGAAAGACUCCCAUAAAUCUGGCAAAGCAACUGUCCCAAAAGUGCCCCAGAACAAGAAAAGAGUCGGUGAAGAUGUCCAAGAAUCCCUCACCUCUCUGGACAACUUGUGCAUAUUCUGCGGUCAAAAGGACGAGACAUUCACAGAAGACGGACUGGACCUACAUUACUGGAAACACUGUCCAAUGCUGCGGCGCUGUGAUGAAUGCAGACAGGUAGUGGAGAUCGCCGGCCUCACGGAGCACCUGCUGGGCGAGUGUGAGCGGCGCCUCAGGUUCAGCCACUGCCCGCGCUGCUCGGAGGCCGUGGCCACCGAGGACCUGGCUCGCCACGUUCAGGGUCCCGCCUGCAAUCCCCCCAUAUCAGGGAAAGACUCCAACCAUUGUCCUCUGUGUCACAACAACUUCAGUCCCGGGGAGAAGGCCUGGAAGGCUCACCUCAUGGGCAGGGAGGGCUGUAAACAAAACUCACGCAGGACUGCGGUGACCCAGAGAACCCAGCCAGCACAAGGCAGGGCCGUCGGUGGAGCUAAGAUGAAGCAGGCCUGGUCAGUGGGGGCGGGAGGCCGAGCCGUUGGCAGAGGCAGCCGGAUCCCUUCGCUGGCUAAAGGGCACGCUGCACGGAAGGUUUGAGGCUACGCUCACUACCCAGUGGUGGAGCCCAGAAGCAGCAAACAUGCCUGAAGUACAAACACUCCACUCCUUCCACACUUCCUGGAUUUGUAUUCAUACAAAGACUAAUUUUGUCAUUCAAAGUAAUUUAAGCAUAAGGUUUCAGAUGUGUGACCUCGUGAUUUCACAAGGAAUUGAUUCACUGAUUCCAAGGAAAUGUAUGUUUCUCAAAUAGUCCAUAAAACCUCCACAGAUUAGGCAGCCACAGUAAUAUUAUAGGAGGACUUGUAGUUAUGAGAAGCCUCGGUUCUUUAUCUGGACACUAAUCAGUCAGUGAAUCUCCUCGUGGGUGGAUAACAAGGCAUGGAAACGCACAUGUGACUGAUACCUGGGUAAACUCCCUGUGAGAGCAGUAAUACGAGUUGUACGGGAAUGACACAUCAGAUCCAGUACAUUUCCAAAGCCAUUAGCAAGCUGAAUGUAGCUUUAUGCUCAGCAUCACACUUUGCCAUCAGUUUGCUCUUCAUUUCCAUUUCUUAUUUCAAUAAGAUGAGAGGCCUGACCUAGCACUUAGCCAAAGGGACGAUGCUGCGCUGCUCAUCGUUAGGAUAAAACGGACCUAAUUUAUUUUUCAUUUCAUGCCAACCAACAAUCUUGAUUAGAGAGCACAGUUUUACAUUCCACACAUCUAGUGUUGUGUGGAAGACAGAAGGUCAAAGUUGAAAGAACCACAGGAAUUACGAUAAAUAUUUGUGGUAGUAUUUUUCUACUUUGGAACAGAUUUAUAUUGUUGUUUUAAACGUCUUUUAACAAUCUGUGAAUUAAAGGAAAAAAAAUAUUCAACUAAAACUAUAAUUCAGUUAGUACUUUUAUUGCUAGCACUACACAUUACGUAUGACAGUGUUGGCUGCGAUGCAUCAAUGACAGUAAAGGAACCCAUCCAGGAACAAGUCAAAGAGCAUCAGGUGCUUUCUGUCUUUUUAAUAGAGAAUUGCAAGUAAUUUAUUAACACGUGUGCCAUCUGUUACAAUAGUUAUAAAAUAAUAUAUGUUCAAUCCAUCACAUUUGCUGUAAUAAACUUCUGUGCUGAGGUGUGUUGCAACAGUGAAUAAUUAGUUGGGUUUCAUGUUAUUCAGCACGUCUGAAUAAUUUUACAUACAACGGCAGAUUUUUCUGUGAACGCAUCUAUUUGUUUAAAUAAAGCCAAACUAAGCUUAA